ACGUGAACUGUCAGAACUGUCGCCAUUCGCGAAUGUCACUUCUAUGUCACUUCUGAAUUCCAGUCGUCAAUCGUCAGUCAUUUUUUGGGGACCUAUUUUGUGGGAUAUUUUCUUGUUUCUGGAACAACUUUCUAAAUUUUAAGUGUUAAAAUUUCAGUUACUUAAUCAUCUGUAAUUAAGAAAAACUUACUGUGCUCUCUCCUCGAUAAUUAUAAGAGAGACGUGCAGAAGUAUUUUUUGGCUAUUAAUAAGAAUUUGAAAAUGUCUCAAUCACACUACAGUGAUGCUGAAGAUUCUUUUGCUGAAUCUGAUGUGGGCCUUAGAAAAAGAAAAAUUUGGGACCCAGACAGUGAAUCAAUAGCUUCAGAAAUAAAAGAUUUAUUGGAGGAUGAUGUAAAUUCAUUAGUAGAAGAGGACUGCAUUGGUUGUCCACUACCUUCCACUCCUGAAGAUGAAAAUGUUUUGGAUUCUGAAAUAAGUGACGUGCUUAAGGCAGCGGUCCUAGGUACAGGUAGAGUAGAGUCUGCUAUAUUAGUUGCAACAGACUUAUUCUAUUAUUCAGUCAUUCCUCUCAACAUGCAUUCAAAAAUUCUAUAGGAUAACGAUUUCUUGGAAAAAGGACAUAGACCACCUUUACCUAGUUAUAGAGCAUGUUUCAAGAGUAUCUUUAGAAUACAUACUGAAACGGCAAAUAUAUGGACCCAUUUAUUAGGAUGUGUUGCAUUUAUAGGCAUUGCAAUUUAUUUCUUGAUGCGUCCUCAUUUAGAAAUCGAAAUCGAAGAGAAAGUUGUGUUUGGGGCAUUUUUUGCUGGCGCUAUUAUUUGUCUCGGAUUUUCCUUUAUGUUUCACACUGUAAGUUGUCAUUCUCAGUUUGUGGGAAAGUUGUUCUCCAAGCUGGAUUAUUGUGGAAUAGCUCUACUUAUUAUGGGGAGUUUUGUUCCGUGGCUAUACUAUGGAUUUUACUGCCAUUUUAAACCCAAGGUUAUUUAUCUAUCAGUGGUUUGUGCUUUGGGAAUUACCAGCAUAAUGGUGUCAUUGUGGGAUAAAUUUUCUGAAUCAGGAUGGAGACCCUUUAGAGCGGCUGUUUUUAUGACAUUUGGACUUAGCGGAAUUAUUCCUGCAAUUCAUUUUGGCGUUGUUGAAGGGUGGUUUACUAAAGUUAGUCAACAGUCACUUGGAUGGUUAAUAUUAAUGGGGGUUCUCUAUAUUUUUGGUGCGUUGCUAUAUGCUUUAAGAGUGCCUGAACGAUGGUUUCCCGGCAAAUGUGAUAUCUGGUUUCACUCGCAUCAAAUAUUCCACGUUUUUGUUCUUGGCGGAGCACUAGUACACUACCAUGGUAUUUCUGAAAUGGCAAUGCAUCGGGUAACAAUAGGACAGUGUGAAAUACCUGAUACUUUGAUAUAUUAAUUUGAAAUCAGAGAUUAGAAUAAAAAUAUUUCCUCAAAACAGGGAACCAAAGAACAUAGAUUUAUUUUCUCUAAUUGAUCUGAUCGUUAUACGUUAAAAGGAAAACAAUUAAAUAGGAUUGAUAAUUUUAUUUCUUAAUACUCAUUAAACUAAAAAUAAAAAAGGGGUAUUAAGAAAAUAUAAAAUUUCAUCUGUCAGCUUUACGUUUUUGAUUUGGCGUUGGUAUUACUUAUUUAUAUCACUGUUAUAGUCAUUUCAUGGGACACUUCAAUGUUAUAUUGUUUAAUUGCACUAUAAUAGAUUCAAUAAAAACAGGUAUUCUAAAUACAUUCUCUUUAAACAAUUGAAUCAUUCUUAUUGUUUAACAAAAGUAUAAAAUCUUUCAAAAAAUUGUUUGCACAUAUGCAAUUAUAUAUUUUAAUAGUCUCUCUUUGUUUGUGCUUAGUUUUUGUAUAUAAAUUGGCUUUUGACAUUUAAAGAUUGCACUUCUUAGUGAUAUAAUUUGUGUGGUAUAAAUACUAAAGUGUUAAUAAAAAUUAUAUAUUUUGCUAUUCAUUAUGUGAAGACUAAACUUUUAUAACUAUGUAAGAUGUAGUGGAAAUUGUCCGCAGGAUUUUAUCCUUGACAUCCUAUAUAAUAUUUAUUCUAAGAUAAUAAAACAUGAAUAUGCAGGAUAUGUGUAGUGAUAUAAAAAGCAACUUAAGAUAAUUCAUUAAAAAUAGAUGUAAGUGUUAAGUCUUUUCUUUAUUGUUAAAUGUUUUACACUGGUACCUGGAUAUAUUUGCAUAUUUGUUUCCUUUGACAUAAUACUUAUUAUCGAACAAUCAUUUUUCCUUAUUUUAUUUAAUUAAAAAUGUGUUUUUAUUUUAAAUUAUUUUAUAUUUAUCUUAUAAUUCUUUUUAAAUUCUUAUAUUUUUUAUGUGGUAUAUACAGUGCGAGUCAACAAAUAUAUUAAGUAAACUACA